GCUGCUUUAACAGCGGUUUUACUCUGUUAGCUUGGUGGAGUCAAGAUCUGAGCCAGACUCGAAUCUGACUCCUGCAUCGCAUACAGGUUGUUCUUUUUUCUUAACUCAGUUCAGACUGAAGGCCUGUUACUGCUGAUGGGAGAAGGAGAGAACCCUUCUUAUCUCUCUGAUCCCCGGCUCGGUUUACAGGGUUGGUAUCUAGGCACUGUUUAAAUGGAAGACAAUUACUCUAUUGUUACUUUUUCAGCAUCUCAGCCAGGACACUAGUGGGUGUUUAAUAGCUGCUGUGCCUCACCCCAGAGGUGGCUGCAUUUCAGUGCUGGGUGAUCAUCUAGUCUGCGAUACACUAUGUCCAAAGAACAGACUAAAGCGCUCAUGCCGGAAAAAGAGGGACGUCCAGAACUGGGCGAAGUGGAGGGGAUUCUGCUCUCCCAGGCCACCUGUAAUGAAUGGCAGCGGAUCCAGAGUUUCCAAGCCAGGCCUGACGAUCUGCUCAUCUGCACCUAUCCCAAAGCAGGCACAACAUGGAUCCAGGAGAUAGUAGACAUGAUCCAGCAGGAUGGGGACUUGGAGAAGUGCAAGCGCGCCCCCGUCCACCGCCGGCACCCCUUCAUCGAGUGGGCUCGUCCGCCCCAACCCUCAGGUGUGGAACAGGCCGAAGCCAUGCCCCCGCCACGGACCCUGAAAACCCACCUCCCCGUCAAACUGCUGCCUCCAUCCUUCUGGGAACAGCAGUGUAAGUUCCUGUACGUGGCUCGUAAUGCCAAGGACUGCAUGGUCUCCUACUACCACUUCCAGAGAAUGAGCAAGGUGGUGCCUGACCCGGGCCCCUGGCACGAGUAUUUUGAGAUGUUCAUGACGGGCAAAGUGGGCUGGGGUCCGUGGCACGACCAUGUGAAGGGCUGGUGGAAGGCGAAGGACACGCACUGCGUGCUCUUCCUCUUCUACGAGGACAUGAAGAAGGUGAGUGGCUCUGUGGGGGGGGAGUCGGGGACUGUCGGGGACUGGAAGAACCACUUCACCGUGGCGCAGAAUGAGCGCUUUGAUGAGGACUAUGAGGAGAAGAUGGCUGGGACCAAUCUGACCUUCUGCAUGGAGCUCUGAGGACCCUGCCUCUGAGCCUGGCAGGAUCCACCCGGCCUGCCACAGCCACCCCUACGGGCCCCUGAAUCUCUACCAGUCUCUUCCAAGGUGACGGACCUUCUGCCAUGGACCACUCCCAGGCUCUGCCACGCCCCAGUGCUUUUCUGUGGGGCGGCAUUGAGAGUUCGUCCACUGUAUAACUCUGCCCUCUCUGUCCCAUUUUUACCUCUUCUUCCCUUCCCAUUAUCACCUACUACUCCUUCCCUCCUCCUGACCCACCAUGGCCCAUCUUUACAACUGUCUGGAAAAUGGGAGCUAUUUCCUCCCAUGGAAAAUGCCAAUUUGGGCUAGGGGGGGGGACCUGAAUUCCACAAAAUUUUAAUUUAGAAAUGCUUCCUUAUGGGAGUUGUGGUUUGGGUACCUCAUGCUCCCAUUCUCCUAUAUGAAUCAGACUUCCUGGCUGGACUACAUCUCCCAUGAUAGACCAUAGUGCUCCACUCUUCUUGAGUGCAUCAUGGGACUCUGGGCCAUGGUGCAUCAUGGGAUAUGUAGUCUGGGUAGGUAGCCUGAGAGUCCAGAUUCCUAGGUUCUAUCCCUAGGUCUGGGAGGGGAGGGGAGUGGCGUCUAUUGGAUUAGUGCAGUGGUGGGCUGGGAGUCAGAACACCUGGGUUCUAUCCUCAGCUCUUCCACCAACUCACUGUUUGAGCCUAGACAAGCCACUUUCCCUAACUGUGAUCUCCAUUGGAAAGAGGGGAAAUUAAGUCACUAUACUGUCUAUUUCACGUCUCUAAAGCAGGGUGUUGCGUGGGGAGGUACAUGCAGGAUCACAUGCCCCCCCCUCCGAUUUGCUGUUUGGCUUGUACUGAGCAUGCUCAGUAACACUGCUGAAGCCAGCUGUCAUCAUUCGCCCACUGUUGCUCCCGUCAUCUCUGCUCUAAAUCCCCUUUUAGGUAAUCUCAGUUGCCAAGGUCGAAGGAGUAACAUAAACGUACUUCUCAGUUAAUUCCUGAAACAACUGUUACUUCCCCUGUGGGCUCCCACGCAGCUGGGCUGGGGAAAUGGGGCCAGAUUUCUCCUCACCACUGAACCAUGCAGAACAAAGUGAUUGCUUUUUUUAAAACUGCCGCUUGCCCUUUCAUUAACCUCAGCUGACAAGUCUGAUCCAGUUGACUGUAAUGGAACAGGAGCUGGGAGUGCAGUUAAGGGUGAUCUGCUUUCUUAGGGAACAGAAAGAGACUGAUCAAAGGAUGGCUGGGGUCAGACAUUGGAUAAUUUGGUAUUAAGCACUUACCCAGGUCUAAAUCAUACAUGUGAGCUGGCAGAACUCUGUCAUUGGGGUUUCUAACCCUACAGCCAGCUGAUGUCUUUUAGAAUCCUCUUUUAGAAUUAAUAAAGAAUUUUUUAUCUCCAGAAUUCUUUUUGAUGAUCAGCUGUUGAGAUUAAUUUGUUGAUUUGACUUUGAUUUGGCAGUUGUAAUUAACGCUGGUCCCCGCCACAAAAAAAUCUUGAUGGAAGAGUUUUCCAUCAAAGGUGUAUUGAUCCAAAUUGAAAGGUUUUGUUAUCAGCUAAGCUUUUGACAGAAAAAAAUCUCAACACAAUUCUGAAUCAAAAUGGAGCAUUUCGUUUUGACUUGCUUGUUUCGUGUCAACUUAUAUUGUGAAAUAUUAAUUGUUGUACUAACUUUAUCAUUGAGUUAUCAAAACAUUCUGAUCAGGUUGUGUGCAGGCUUCUGAAGCAAAUAUUUUCUUCUGAAAUAUCCUUUCCAGAAAAGCUGUAACUGCUUAUCUGGAUUUGCAACAAAAUUCAGUGUCAAAAUGUUGGACCUUCCCACGGAAAAUCCUGUUUUCCAGGCAGCUCCAGUUGUAUUGCUUUUAUUUGUAGUUUGAUUUUAUGUUAGUAAUAAAAGCUUAACUUUGGUGGGAGGGGGUUGAAGUGGCUUUAAUAAAAUUUAUAAAAAGGUACCGAGUCACGCUUCUUCCAGUAAGUGAGUUGGGUCCAGAAUCCUUGAAGGUCUGGGUAAAUAUCAGCUGAUCAACCUAAAAACCUGACCGUCUCCUCUCGGUUAGUCUCUGUGUCUCACACAAGACAAGUAACUGACACUGGGUGGACUAGUGGUGACAAUAAGUGAUCUGAGUGCAAGUGAUUUAUUUUUUGCUAUCAAGUGUGAAAUUAAUAAAAUACGAAUGGUCUUAGUUUAA